UUUUAAAGGGAAUUAUUACAAGUAUAUGAUAACAUGGGAAAUCUGAAUGAUUUAUGUCGUAAUUUGUUAGUGCUUCAAAACGUAGGCACAACCGGGUGGAGGCCAAAGGCCAUAGUGGAGCUUUAUUAGCAUUUAUCACUCCACACUCGGGGAGAAAACGCCGCAUAGGGGAAGCAGAAUUAUCUCUUUUUGAAAAAUAAAAUAAAAUGGCGAGCGCGAAUCUACCAUCUACUCCUCCUCCGCCAUCACCCCCCUCCAUCUCCGCCUCCCAUUCUGAGUCCUCCGCCACCAUUCCCACCGCUGUUGUACCCCCUCAGCCUCAGGUUGAUGCUGCCGCCCAAAACGGAACGCUCAAUGACGAUGACCAAAAGCCUCAAAUAGCUGAUCAUUUUGCGGUUCUUGAUGAUCCAGAACAGAUUGAGAAGUACAAGAAUUACGAAGCUGACUACACUCGUCGAUUGAUGGCAAAGUAUUUCUCUAAGAAGAACUUUUAUGGAGGCAACAUUUUUGAUGAGAAAACAACAAUAGAUAGUGAGACCAUAUUGUCAAGCAGGUGGCCGUGCACUAGAUCAUUUGCAGACCCAGUUCAUGCAUUUGAAGACCAGACCAAUGGUGGUUCAAAUUCUGAUGCAGAAACCCCAACUAACAUCUCAAAUGGGAAAUUCCCACUCAAGAAGAAUGGCUGAUGGCACAAUUGCUGGCAUUCUCUCAAAUAUGGUACAGUAUGUAAAUAAGCAUGGAUAAUAUAGACCAAAAAGUUAUUAGAAGUAUUAAACCAGAAAUUUUUUCUGGAAUUUGUCAUGUUCUGUUAACAAAUAACAUUCGCCAAUGCCUAUAUACCAAAUAGCAUCAAUUAUCAUGUCA